AUUUUGAUCUAGCUUCAAUUUUAUGUCUUGAAUAAAUUUUGAAAGUAAGCCAAGAUCCAAUAAUAUUUUGAAAAAUUGAGGUGUUACACGGGUGUGAACUUGGAACUGUACUUUCUUAAAAAUGUCUUAAGAAUGUUUCAACAAUAGGCUUUUUCAAUAGUUCUUGAGAAGGUCUAUAUUUCCCGGUCUCGUUUUAAGGAUUGCUUUGAGAAUCAGCGACGAGUAGCGGAGAACCUCUGCCCGCCAAGCUACGCGUUCGUGUUCACGUUUAGCUCGGCUACGACGAGAUUCGCAUUGUCGGCAGAGGCGAUGAUCACAAAAUCUUACUUCCAAAGUCGCCGCUACGAUUUAGCGUCAUAAUUUUGAUAUCGCUUGAAACCGUAGCGAUGUGGAUCCCCCUAGUUAUCUCUGUACAAUUCGAAAACGAAAUGCCAACUCUAUCAGUCAUUUUAAGAGGAGAAAGAGGAUUUUUUGCAUCACAUUCUUGAUGUACCUACCUGUCUGUCUAUUAUUGGACUUAUCCCAAUAGUUAAAUCUGUCAUAAAUAAUAGGAAUGCGGUUUCCGUAAUAUUUUCUGACAGCAUUAAUGAUGAAGAGGUCGCUUCCCACGAAGAAACGUAGUCGUGGCGUGUGUACACGUCACUCCUUGUAGAAAAUGCUGAUGCUUAGGGAGAAUCGCUAGAGUCUGAAAUAAGUGCGAACAGGACUGAAAGUUUUGGUCAUACGCGGACUGAAAAAAGUGCAAACAACCAUGGAGACUUUAUAUCACCAAACCAAUAAGCUUGUGCAGGAGACUCAGCACUUGUUCUCUCAGUUGGAAAAAAAGUCGCCUAACCUCGAUCUGCAGGCUGUGGAAAAUGAUAUCCAGACGAAAAUUGGUUUUAUCAACAGUAACUGCGAGAGACUUGACGUGCUCUGUCUCAAAGGACCUGUAUCCCAGAGGCAGAAUGCCAAAAUGCGAGUGGACCAAUUGAAAUAUGACAGCCGUCAUCUGACAGCUGCACUAAACUCUUGGCGAAACCAACAGUUACGCAGGCAAAGAGAGGAAGCCGAGAGGGAGGCUCUGCUCCAUACACAAUUUACACAAAAUGACCAUGUAGACAUACUCAUCGAUCACAAUGUUCAACAUAAUUCUAGUCUAAGGAAUGCUGUGCAUGGAGUGGAUGAUCUCAUACAACAUGGAUCAGGAAUAUUGGAUAGUUUACGAUCCCAAAGAAUGACUUUAAAGGGUGCUCACAAACAUCUAAUAGACAUAGGCAACACUUUAGGACUUUCCAACACCACAAUGAGACUCAUAGAGCAAAGAGCACGUCAGGAUGGAUUUAUUCUAGUUGCUGGAAUCCUGUUUACCUGCUUAGUUAUAAUAUUAGUAAUAGUUUACCUUACGUGAACAUUCCUAAAGAAUUCAUCAAUAGUGUAAAUAUACCAGCAACAUUAAAAUAUGCCUGUUCUGGAAGAGGAGACAAAACAUUGAUGCAAUAAGUAGUCAGAAACAUAAGCAAACUUAAAACACACAUUAGAAACGAGAAGAGAACAUAUUUUUCUUAACAUGUUUGCCAUUUCUAUGAAAAUCCGUCUUGCACCUACUUAACUCAUACAGAGUUACCCACAGACACAUCCACCCAUACAACCUGCUCGGUAUUCGGUCUCUGCUCAAUUUAUACGAGCUUCCUUUGUUGUGAUUCUGAUGGGCUUGGGAAAAAGAUCCCUUCUCCGCGUUAGCAAUGCCCCAUUGGUAGCUGUUGGUGGCCCAAUGGUACUACGGCUGAAGGGGGCCCAGUCCAAGGUUCUCCUACCCGCACUCCUCCCUACCACAGCGUCCAGCAAGGAAGCGGGCAGGCAACGCGAUUUUUUUAAACAGCAUCACUCUGCCGGUUGCCCUCGUACAGUUUAGUCGCGACGUGCCACUAUAUUUCUCAUCCUGUGCCGUGUCCCCGCGAUCCUUGUCACAUCGAUAAGAGAAGAGAAGCUCGACGAAUCUAACCAUAUAGAUUCACAACUGUCUGCCGGCCCUGGAUGGGUUUGAAUUCAGUCCACGUUUUCAUAUCCUAGUCGUGACUAGAUCCACACUCAUCCAAGGAUAUCGGACCACCAACAAGCACCAGGGUAUCCUUCUACAUGAUACAGAGUAUGAAGAUUUACGCAUCCAGAAGACUAUGAUUUUCUUGUAAGGCAUCUUUGUUUUUUUUUUAAGUAUUUCAAUCCGUUUAUUAUUUCCUAGGGCCUCUAUCCGACUGUAAUAUGUUUUGAUAAAAGGAAAACGAGCGACCUUGCAUCCGUGGCCAUGAUUUUGUAAUAUUAAAAAGAAUAAUAAAAAUAUAAAAACUAA